GUUAGGAAUUUCUGGAGCAGACAAAUUCUUCCUGCGGCAAUGACCCAGUGACUUCAUGAGUGAGGUCAAGUCACUUUUCUCAGAGUCAGAGCCUCCAGUAUAGAUUACCAUGAGGGUGAAGGCAGAGGCACCGAUCACCAAAGAGAAGUAUGUCGCCAGGGUCUUCUUUAGCUCCCCGUUUGGCGGACUGGAGGAGGAGAGGGAGCUCCUGACCAAGCAGUACUGGCCUGCCUUGGCACAUCUCUGCCAGAAGUCUGGCUACGAGUUUGUACCGGUGGAUAUGAGGUGGGGCAUCACGUCGGAGCUGUCCAGCGAGGCCGCCACCAUCACCAUCUGCCUCAGGGAGCUGGACAGGUCGGACAUGAUCGUCGGAUUCUUUGGUCAGCGCUAUGGAUGGCACGGAGCUAAAGAUGAAUUCCUGCAGAAGACAUUUGAUCAUGCCCUACCUCACUACCCAUGGCUGAAGUCCUACAGGGACCGGGCGGUCACCGAGCUGGAGUUCCUCCACGGUCACCUCGACAAUCCUGGACAAAGACCAGCAUGCUUCUUCUUCAGAGACAAGGCUUAUGAUGAUGCCAAACUUGCUGAUUGCAUUGCAUCGGGAGAUGAGAGAGGUCAGAGGAAGUUCAAGGCCACAUCAGAUGGACCUCAUGCUGCAGAAUUCUUAGAUGACCUCAAGCAAAGGGUCAAGAAGACAGAAGAUAAGUGUCUUGCUGUAGAUAUGAGCUACCCUACCCCUGAGGUGGGUGCCCGGCUGAUGUUCGAGACGGUCCACGCCCACCUGAAGAAGCUCCUGGGCCAGACGGAGGCAGAGAGCAGCGAGAUGGAGAAGGAACACGCCCAGCACGAGACCUUCCUCAUCACUCGACGUGGGAUGGGAGGAAAGCUGGUGGGAAGGGAGGCCUACCUGGAGGAUAUAGACAGACGUGCUCUGAAUGGAGGAGGAGGAGGAGGAGAAGGAGGAGGAGGAAGAAAGGAUGCGGGGAAGUCUCUUCUUCUGCUUGGUGAUGCAGGGUCUGGAAAGUCUUGCGUCCUAGCCAACUGGAUAGAAAGACACAGAGAGAGUUCUCCAGAUGACAUACUGGCAGUGCAUUUUGUUGGAUGUACAAGCAGCAGUACACGUGAAUUGGACCUCUUGAAGCACCUGUGCUACCAGAUUGAAGAAGACCUGAUCACCCUAAGACCAGACUACCAUGUUGGAGAGGAGAAACAGAAGGAAGGGUCCGAGGAUGUGAGAGGGAUGAGGAAACUCCUUCAGAAGCUCGUCAGCGAUGCAUCGUCGUUCAAUAUCAGGGUCAUCAUCAUCAUUGAUGCCCUUAACAAAAUGGAUGCUGGAGGCAGGACUAUGAAGGAGCUGUACUGGCUGCCAAAGGUGACCUCCUCCAAGGUUCUCUUCCUCCUCUCAACGUCCAACUCGGACGCCAGGAACAUCAAGGAGCUACUCGAUGAGCGCCACUUCGACUCCCUGGAGGUCCGUCAGUUGACCCCUGACCUGAGGACAAAGGUCACAAAGGGCAUGCUGAUGGUGCGGGGGAAGGAGCUGUCGCCGAAGCAGAUGGAGAAGGUCAUAGGGAACGCGGAGACCGGUAAUCCGCUCUAUCUCUUUAUCCUUCUGCAGGAGUUGUGUAGUUUUGGUUCUUUCUUUGAGCUUGAUGAGUAUAUUGACACCCUACUGACAUCCACAAGUACUGUGGAUCUGUUUGUCAAAUUCCUGGAGAGGCUGGAAAGAGACUACAAUCCUGAAGGAAAACAUCUUGUGAAAGAGGUGAUGUGCUGUUUGUUGCUCGGUCAUCGCGGUCUUUCGGAAAAUGAACUGAAGGCUAUGGUGAAACCAACCAAUCAGGAAUGGUCUGCCCUCUACUUUGCCAUGGAUGACUUCCUUCUGGAGGCAGAAGGCCUCUACAGGCUUGCCUACAGUGAACUAGCAGAAGCAGUGGAGAGACAUUUCUGUCCUUCCCCUGUCAGCAAGGAACCUUACAGACAAAUCAUCAUCAACCACUUCAUGGCAGCAUUUAAGGAAUUAGACCAGAGAUUCGACACGCCCGUUCCUCAUCGCGUAGCCAAUGAAUUACCAUGGCAACUAGAGAAGUCUGGUCAACAAAGUGAACUGGUAGAAUGUCUGUCUGCAAUGAACAUGUUCUCUGCUCUGUCCAAGGGCCAAGCCAAGUAUGAUCUGAUGAGCUACUGGAUGACGACAAAGCUCAGCGGGGAUGCCAUUGUCGAGAGACUCCUGUCAGCGAUCGAUGAUCAGGUCGCCCUGCUCUAUCUUCAGAACGAGGGAGUAGGAGGGGGCGGGGAUCAUGCCACACCCCCUGCUCAACAGUUGAUUCCUCUCCUUGUGAGCCUAACAGACUUCUUGAGUGAUGCUGGUUUUAGUUCAUCUAUGGAACCCAUGCUACUCAGAGCUAUGAACAUGCAUAAAAGCCAGUACACUGAAGCCGAUAUUGAGAAUAGCAUUGAUGCUCUGAACUCGUACUGUGAGCUUCAGACCAAGCUGGGUUGUCACUACGCCAGCGCAGAGAAGUUGGAACAGGCUUCUCAGAUACACUUUGAACAUUUGGCCUUAAGAGAAAAGCAUGUUGAUCGAGUGGAUAGGGGGAAGUCCUACAUCGCUGUGAUCUUGAAUAACCUGGGCUAUGUCUGUCAGGUGCAGCACAACUACAAAGAGGCUGAGGAUUACUACCGGCGCACCCUGAAGCUUCAUCGAGAGGUCCUUGGAAACAACAAUGAUCUGGUCGCUUCCACAGUCAACAAUGUCGGAAUGAUGCUCUACAGACAGGGCGAGUUUGCAGAGGCUGGAAAGUGCCUUGAAGAAUCCCUCAAGAUCUAUGAGGAAGUUUACCUUGGGGAGCUGCCGCCUGAUGUAGGAGGCACCUUACUCAACCUUGCUAUGUGUACAGCUAGACAGGCCGACAAAGGAUUGGAAGACGUAGAGCCCCUCUAUAAAAGGGCUUUAGAGAUUCGUAUCAACGCUGUUGGAAAGAACCAUCCGACGAUAGCCCAGACUUACAUGAGCUACGGCUCCUAUCUCCAGAGGGUGGAUCAGGUAGAGAGGGCGCUGGCCAUGACCAAAGACGCGCUAGAAAUAUCCGAGAUUGCGAGCGGACCUGAACAUCAGGACACCCUCUUGACCCUAGAGAACAUUGCUAUGGCUUACGUCAACCUGAAGACACCAGAGGAAGCACAUCCAUACUACAAGAGAGCAGGCGAGGUCCUCCACAAGCAGGGUCGCAUGGAAUUCUCUCACCCCUACCUCAACAGCUGUAUGAUCACGUUCUAUCUGUCCAACGACCGGGAGGGGGAUGCCCACGACACCCUCAUCCGUAUCAUCGGCACAUCGUUUGCAUCCGAUAGGGACUAUGCUGCUCUGGACUACCUGGAUAGUCAGCUAGCCGAGAAACCUAUAAGACCUCAUGAGCAUUCCAUAGACUGCGGCUUGGAGAAAUAUCCAACCAGUACAAUGCUACUGGGUCGCAAGCUUGCCCAACUAGCCCCACUGGGCAAGGCAGAUGAAAUGAUAGCCGUGCUUGAGAAGGGGGAUUUUGAUGUGGGAAAUUAUAACGGUGCGUACGCCGAGUUUGUUGGCAAGGAUCAGAGAGAGAAUGGGUUGAAGAUUCUUGAGAGAGCUGUGGAAAAAUUUCCAGAAGAUGUGAUCAUCAGAGAGAACCUAGCCAAGGGGUAUUUCGGCUACAAGCGACACGCAGAGGCUGCCGACAUCCUGGAACAGGCUCUUAGGCUGGAUGAAGAGAACCUGGACCUGGUGAUGCUCAGGGUGAGGGUGUUGGCCAUGGACAAUCAGUUGAAAGAGGCCCAGGACCUCAUCAAUGUUGGACUAACUAUCGCUGAGAAGAAAGGAGCAGUGGAAGCUGAGGCCCAGUUGGAGAGUUUUCUUGGGAUGAUCAACGAAGCUCUGGCAAAUAUCCAGGAGUAGCCUGCCCUCUUGAGCUGGAGGCCAGCCAGGGUAGGUCAAGAUAGUGCCAGCCCAGAGGCUUGAACAUUUGAGGUAUAUAGUCAAUAUCCAAGAUAUGAAACAUAUGAUUAGGUUUGAGCUCGGUAAGUUUGAAGUAUGAUAUUAUAUGCAAACACAGAGAACAUAUGAAUAUAACUUGUUAUGCAAUGUAUAAUGAAUUCAAAAAGUGCAGAUUUGUUAUCUCUUAUUGAUCUUGAAGAUCAAAAGAAAUACAAAUUUUUUUUCUUACCUUACAAAGUUAUGAGGGGUUUAUAUUCAGAAUAUUGUAUAUUUUAUUUUCAGAGGAAUUUUAAUUAAGUACAUGUCUUUAACCUUUUGUAAAGUUACUGUGAUAUAAUUUAGAAUAUAGUCUUAUGUGUCUUAAAUUAUCAUAAGAAUUUAUGAUAUAAAAUUACAAAUUAUAAUACAAAGUUUGUUAAUUAAUAAAAUAGUCUCAUAGGUCUUAAGUUAUG